GUGUGUCCGGCGGCGCCCAUGCGGGUCUGCGGCGAUGCGAGCGGGCUGCGCUCGGCCCCGCUCCCCGCCUAGCCGCCCCGGCCGAGCAUGGGCUGCAUCGGCUCCAAAGGCACCCUCGUGGCUGUGGACACGACUUUGCAUGUGGAGUGGAAUGAGGUGAAGGCCCUGCCUGCCCUCUCGCCCUUGGGGAGCACCAGGACGUCGCUGGUCCACAGGCUGGUUCGGCAGAGCUCAGUGGACAGCCAGGACUCUCUCGAGGUAAAUGUUGAAGACACUGUCGAAAUGUUACCCAAGUCCCGGCGAGCGCUCACAAUCCAGGAGAUUGCUGCCCUCGCCCGGUCCUCCCUGCACGGUAUCUCGCAGGUGGUGAAGGACCAUGUCACCAAGCCCACGGCCAUGGCGCAGGGCAGGGUGGCGCAUCUCAUCGAGUGGAAAGGCUGGUGCAAGCCCACGGACUCCCCGGUGGCUCUGGAGAGCGCCUUCAACUCCUACUCGGACCUGAGCGAAGGGGAGCAGGAGGCCAGAUUCGCAGCAGGUGUGGCCGAGCAGUUUGCCAUUGCCGAAGCCAAGCUGAAGGCUUGGUCCUCCGUGGACGGGGAAGACUCCAACGACGAAUCCUACGACGAGGACUUUGGGACAAACACCAACGGCACCCAGCCAGCUGAUGCUGCAGGCCAGCUGCCGCCCGGCUCCUUCCUGAAGGAUCUCCUCCAUAGCCGUCUGUGUCAGCUCAGCGUCCGGCAGGGCUCCUGCGAGCCCGAGAGCGACUCCUCCCAGACCAUCUCCCCGGAGACCCUGUGCUCCAGUCUGUGCAGCCUGGAGGACGGGCUGCUCCUCAAGGAGCUGGGCUCGCCGGGCGAACUGGCCGCCAAGCUGCUGGGCUCCCUGGCCGGAGGGGAGGAGCUGCUCCCUCAGACUGGAGAAAGUGCCUUCCGGAGCCUGGGACAGCUGGAGUGCCAGGACUCCAUGUACUCCAUGUCCUGCACGGAGUCCUGCCUCUCGCCCACGGAGGACGACGGCCUGCCCUGCAAGGACUACCACACGGCGUGCAAGCUGCACGGGGACAGCUGCGGGGUCAGGAGGAAAGUCUCCGACGUGGCCUCGUCGGGGGUGGUGUCACUGGAUGAGGAAGAGGAGGAGGAGGCUGAAGAGCAGUGAACUGGGCUUGGUCUGUGGCAUGCUUCACCUGCCAUCUCUGUCCCACUCCGUGACACCCCGCUCCCCCCUCCGGGCCCCGUUCCCAGAACCGUCUGUUCUCCUUGUGGGCGAGUCCUGUCUGGGGAUGGCAUGAGCCUUAGCCAGGCAGGGGAGGAUGGUGGAAGGAAAAUCCAGCACCCCCACUGGCGGAGACUGUUGAAGCCUGAGGCCUCGCGGCCGGCCGCCGGAUGGAUUUGCUUGCUGCGUCUCUCUCUCUCUCCCCUCGUCUGUUUUUUUGCAUGAGAGUGUUUUGGGGAAAACAAAAAACCCUGAAUCGGAGCCGACUGGACCUGACACCAUCUGGGACGGCUCUGAGCAUGUCCUGCACCCUGCCUCCGAACCCCUGGGGAGGCGCCUUUCGCUGUCCGGGUGGCAUGGCUAGUGCUGUUAAAGCAACACGUGUCUGUUCCUAACGCAGAUUAACCCCCUGCCCUGGCCCCCCAAGCCCCGGCUCAGAGCCGGUGCCGCGGCGUAGUGUGCUGGGCUGCUCUGUACUUGACUUGGGAGGUCGUUUUUCAACCCUUUGGCACAAAACCAGCUCUUUGCUUUUAUCGUACUGGGUUUUAUAUCGUGAACCGAGACAAGGAGACGGCCGAGGGCAGAGCAGGUUUGUCGGGGCGGAGCCGGACAGGAAUUGCCGUCUCUGCUGGGACUCCCCGCAGUGGGGGAGGGUGGGACGAGGGGGCACGGGCUGAGUUGGGGGGAGCGCGAGAGCAGAUCUUUUUCUAUAUUUUUGUAUGUUGUCUCUGUGUGGCCCUGGCCGGGAAUGUUGGGGGACGCUCCAGGGAGACGGGGUGCAGGGACUGGUGCCAGCCCAGCCUCGGCAAUGAAGUACUAACUUACCCAUUGGACAGCUUGGCCUCCGCAGAGCUGCCGCUGGGGCUGGGCAGUGGGGAGAGCUCAUGUUCCCCGUGCUAGAGUAAAUCUGACCGAUCCCAGGGAUACUUUCUGCAUGCACAGACACGGGCAUGCACCUGCGCUCCCACAUGUGUGCCCACAAACGCAUGGGCACACACAGACCCCCCCGCACUGUUCACGGCGUGCCAUUGAGGGUGCCCAGCAUUUUACAACCCCCAUUCCCGCCCCGGAGAACCAACCCUCUGCUCCUGCUGCCAGGUCUGAGUUGGGGGCUGGAUCGAAAUGGGCUGUUUUCUGGGUCGGCCGCGGCUGAAAUCUCCUGGGAUUUCAUGCAAAGCCUCAUCCCCCAAACCGACCCCCCAAAUCCAGCCCCGGCAGCCCUUUGGUCUAGCUCUGCGCAGCGCCGGGGUGCACACGCAGAUCUGAGCGCACACGCGUACACGACAGCGCCAGGCACCUGCCACGGGCCAGUGGGAAACAAAACCCAAGUCCCAGCUGUGGUGAGUGCACCAGGUCGCUCAGGUGGGAGCCCCCUCCCCUCCGGCAGAGGGGCUCAGGCUGGCUCCCGGCGGCUGCAGGUUUGGGAAUGCUGAGCCUGGAACCCAGUGGAAAUGCAGGGGCGGGGCGGGGCGGGGCCUGGGGGGG